CAAAUAAUUCCUUAGUGAGCCCUCUCGCAGACAAACUCAAACCAAAGCCAAAGCGAGGUUUCCAUUUUACAGAGCUUCAAUGGAGCGGCACACCACGACGAGCCGCGCCGAAGCGGAGCGCCUCCUUGGGAUCGCCGAGAAGCUCCUCCGCUCCAAGGACUAUGCCGGAUGUAGGGAUUUUGCCAUUCUGGCGCAGGAGACGGAGCCGUUGCUCGAGGGUUCCGAUCAGAUCUUGGCGGUGGCGGAGGUGCUCCUCGCCGCCGAGGGCAAGCGGCUGAGGCAGAAUCACCACGAUUGGUACGCGAUUCUACAAAUUCCCCAACGAACCGACGAAGUUGAGCUGAUUAAGAAGCAGUAUCGGCGACUCGCGCUCCUCCUCCAUCCCGACAAGAACAAAUUCCCGUUCGCCGACUCCGCGUUCCGCCUCGUCGCCGAUGCGUGGUCGGUAUUGUCGGAUUCAGCGAAGAAAUCGUCGUUCGACAGCGAAUUCGCCAAUCGAUUCACGAAGGUGGAUCUCGGAUCGAAGAAACAUCACCAGCAGCAACCUCGUCCGCAGAAGAAGCAACCAGCGCAGAGAGGAGACAGUUCGAGCCAGAAAUUACCCGUCCGUCGCAGCGGUAGAAGCUCCGGAGGCCCCGCAACCACCCCCUCCGCCGCCGGAGUGGACGCAAAUGUGAGGAAUAGCGGCGGCGGAAAUCCAGGAUGGUUGGGGAAUUUCUGGACGACGUGCCCCUACUGUUACAAUCUGUACGAAUUUCCUAGGGCUUACGAAGGCUGUUGCUUGAGGUGCGACAAUCAAGCCUGCCGGAGAGCAUUUACGGCCGCCGAGGUCCGGUCAAUACCGCCGCAGGUGCCAGGAAAGGACGCCUACUAUUGCUGCUGGGGUUUUUUUCCGAUGGGGUUCACGGCUGGGAAUGCAGAGGCAGCAGCGAAAAAAAUCCCCAAAUGGAUGCCCUCCAAUUUUGGUGGUGGUGCUGCCACUGCCACCGCCACCGCCGCCACACCAGUGUCGGCGGCACCUCCUCCUCCUCCUCCGGUGAACAUGACUUCCGGAGGCACUCAGUCAUAUGUUGCUGCCUCAAACCCUUCGGGGACGAAGAAGAGGGGCAGGCCAAGGAAGUAUUUCUAGGCUGGUUCGGGGCGAAGAAUCGAAAGGUCUGUAGGUAUGACUAUGUUGGUUGAAUCAAAAGGGGCCUCAGGUAAAUCUUUACCUUUUUGGCUUUGUAGCAGUAUGUAGAAUUGUAGCGUUAUCUUUGUUCUGCCGUAGCUGUAAUUUUGUUUGGAGCCAUGGUUAGUUGAAAAUACCUUUAUUUCUCCAUGUUAGAUAUGCUUUGAAUGACUUGUGAAGAAGCUUCAGCUCAAUUUGCAAGAAUGUUGGUAUCUGUUGGUGCAAAUUCGAAGUAUUGGCUUAUUUGUUACCAUGGAUUGAUCAAUUGAUACAUUUGAGUAAUCAUCUAAUUUUCUAAUGCAAUUUUGUUUUUGUAA